CCGCGGCGGAGACGGAGGAGGUUCGCGGACCUGCGACUUUAGAACGGCCCUGGGAGGAGGCGUGGCGUCGGGGUGGGGCGGCGCGGACGGGACGCUCCGGGGCUCAGCGGCCCUUUUGGUUGUCCGUGGCCGUCGCUGCCCCUGCACCCGCCGAGCCGGCGGCCGGGGAGGAUGCAGACAUCAGAGCGGGAGCGGAGUGGGCCGGAGGUGAGCCCCAGCGUGAUGCCCGAGGCCCCCCUGGAGUCUCCUCCAGUCCCUACCAAGUCGCCAGCGUUUGAUCUUUUCAACUUGGUUCUGUCAUACAAGAGGCUGGAGAUCUACCUGGAACCCCUGAAGGAUGCGGGUGACGGCGUCCGAUACUUGCUCAGGUGGCAGACGCCUCUGUGUUCCUUGCUGACUUGCCUGGGCCUCAACAUCCUGUUCCUCACCUUGAAUGCGGGUGCGUGGUACUCGGUGGGCGCCUUGAUGAUUUCCGUGCCGGCCCUGCUGGGCUACCUUCAGGAGGUCUGCCGAGCCCGGCUGCCUGAGUCGGAGCUGAUGCGGAGGAAGUAUCACAGCGUGAGGCAGGAGGACCUGCAGAGGGUGCGCCUCUCUCGCCCCGAGGCUGUGGCUGAGGUGAAGAGCUUCUUGAUCCAGCUGGAGGCCUUCCUGAGCCGCCUGUGCUGCACCUGCGAAGCUGCUCACCGCGUGCUUCACUGGGAGAACCCUGUGGUGUCCUCACAGUUCUAUGGAGCUCUUUUGGGCACAGUGUGCAUGUUGUAUCUGCUGCCGCUCUGCUGGGUCUUCGCCCUUUUAAACAGCACACUCUUUCUGGGGAAUGUGGAGUUCUUCCGAGUGGUGUCUGAGUACAGAGCAUCUCUGCUACGGUGGAUGCACCCCAGGCAGGAGGAGCCUGCUCCCCAGAGUCUGCCUCCACCAGAUGCUGUGGGGAAGGCUGCUCUGCUGGACAGCACGCCCGCCCCUACGCCCACGGAGGAUCUUUUCUCUCAGGACCUCACGCCAGGCAGCGUGGAGGAGGCUGAAGAGGCGGAGCCAGAUGAGGAGUUUAAAGACGCGAUUGAGGAGGAUGACGAGGGAGCCCCGUGCCCGGCAGAAGAUGAGCUAGCCCUGCAGGACAACGGGUUCCUGAGCAAGAAUGAGGUGCUGCGCAGCAAGGUGUCGCGGCUCACGGAGCGGCUCCGCAAGCGCUACCCUACCAACAACUUCGGGAACUGCACAGGCUGCUCUGCUACCUUCUCAGUGCUGAAGAAGAGGCGGAGCUGCAGUAACUGUGGAAACAGCUUUUGCUCUCGGUGCUGCUCCUUCAAGGUACCCAAGUCUUCCAUGGGGGCCACAGCCCCUGAAGCCCAAAGAGAGACUGUGUUUGUGUGUGCAUCGUGUAACCAGACCUUGAGCAAGUGAGAAGGGAGGCCAGGCGCCAGCUACCGCCAUUCCCUGGGGCCAUCAAUAGACUCCCCCUCCCCCCAGCCCCCUGUGGGGUGUGCAGGGCAAAUGUGGCCUGAAUGCUCGGUAGGCUUCCCCUUCCAUCCCUUGCUGUCUCCAGCCCUGGCCCACAGUGGCUGAGCUCAGACCCUGAGGGGAAAGGAACCCCUGGUGGGCCUGGCUGUUGGUCCUUCUCUGCCUGGCCUUAGUGCACUCAAGGCUGGGCAAGGAGUGUCCACUAGAGGGCAGCAGGGAGCUGGGCCUGCUCUCCACCUGGCUUUGGUCACCAGGCCAGGGAAUUCUGGGAGACCUGGGGUUGGGGAGAGAGGCUCUUCCCGUCUGCCUCAGAGAGGCCAGUCCCUCUGCCUCAGAGGAACUGCACAGGGCUUGGGGGUGCUGCACCCGAGCCCUGCUGUGUGAGUGUCCCCCCAGGUGCCAGGAUCUGACCAUUUCCCUCUCAGAGGGUGUGACCAGGGCUAACUGGACCAGCAGGGCUUCUAGAAACAGCUCCAGUUCCCAAGCUCCCCAGAGGAGCAUGUGUAUGGGAGGGGCUGGCCAAGUCGCUCAGUGUUACGUGGAGCAAAGCAUGGGGAGAUCCCGGUGGCUCGAAGGACCUCAGCCCCACCUUGCAGUCUCAGCCCACGAAGUGCUCUGGUGUCCCCAGCUCCACUCACUUGACCACUCCCACCCCCUGGUGUCCAGGGCAGCCUUCCUCAGCCCGCAUCUAGGGACUGCGAGGCCAGGUGGCUGGAGCAGAGAUCCUGAAGCCCUUGGGCCUCAGAGGCCUGGGAAGUGAAGGGACUUGCUGGGCUGGUCCUGGAUUCCGGGGCUGUUCCCUGGAGGACAGCCUGAGCUAUGGGGUCAGCCCAGCAGGCGUCCCUCUGUUCUUUCCAACAAGUCCACGUUGACUUCUGGACUCUGAGCAGCCCAGCGUCUCUACGCAAGCCAUGAGCUGGCUCAGGCGCCUGUCCCUCCCCUGGAGCUGUUCUGCCUUCUGAAGUAUUUAUUUAUUUAUUUGAUGGUUCCUGGGAACAUGCAGCCAGGAAAGGGAUGAGAGGAUGAGGGGCUUCUACUGAGACUCCCCGUGGCCACGGCCGCCUGGGACCCAGGAUCCACAGACGGCUCGGAUGGUUCUACUCCCUGGGGGACCUGGGCAGGAAGGCUGGGAGACAAGGUCGGCUUUCUCAUCAGGCCACGCGGUUUAGGGCUCAGCAGCUGACGUUGCAGUCCCUGGGGAGCCGGGGGCCCUGGGUGUACCCUCUGUGUCCUGCUCUGAGAUGAGAGUUAAGUACCCUGUACUUAAUUUACACUGGAGAGGAACCGAGAGGCCCCCUGUGUGUGGAGAAUCACCAAUAAAAAGGCCUCAUACUUGUUGGGAUUUUGUCCUGUCCCU